UUCCUGAUAAAACAAGAUCUCAACGUCACAACAAAUGGCCUCACUACGCGGCACAAUCGCAUUAUCGACUGUGCUCGUCCGCAGAGGAGCUCCUCAGCCGACGUCGACGACACCACUUAUCGUCCACUUUUCACAUUGAUUCACGAAAAAAAAGACUAGAUUCAUGUUCCACAUUCUGAUCGUAUAAACGUCGAUUCCUGAUUGUCCUCAAUAAUGACUGCAAUGGACUGGGACAAUGAAUCUCUAGGAGAAAAACUUUUUGUGCCCGGAAGAAAAGCUGCGUCGGCGCUAUUCACUGGACGCUACUUCACUUUAGACAGGACAUCUUUUGUCACCAGUCGUUCUAAACCGGCGGUAUACAGAAGCAAUAUCAGUGCACCGUUUUUGCAAGAGCAUCACCUUCAGGGGGAAAGAUUCUUCAAGCACUGUCUGCUGACGCUGAUACUUAUCGCUUCGCCUGUGCUAUGGUCAAGAGCCCAGCUGGUCACAGAAGUGUAUGAAACAUGUACCGCAGUGGAAGGAGAAAUCGCACGCUGCGGCCCUGGGGCGAACUGCUUCAUAAUCGGAGGAGUUCCAACUUGCCAUUGCAUCCUCGACGUUGCAACUGGGUUGCCCCUCGCUGGCAACCCUUACAAGGCAUGCACUUGGGACAUCAGCGGAAACUGGCAACUUUUUUCGCACUACACCGACAAGAAGGACGUCGAAAAGGAGAAGAAGCCCAAAGCAGGAUCCAUGAGACAAGUGCUGAGUCCUCUGUCCAACGAGCCUUUCAUUGUUCGCCUUGAUAGAACGGACGCCCUUCUCAGAACCAGGCUGGCGUUUCCGGCAGAGUGUUCCUUGAUGCGAGAGACAACCUCUCAGUCAUUUUCGAACAAGCUGAAGGCUUUGCUGAUCACUUCGGACUACUGGACAAGAAGGAUCUCAAAGGAAGCUGGGAAAAAAACGAUGGAACCCUGGUUGAGAUCUAUGCUGCACAGGCGCCGCGGAACUGGCCAACGUUUGCCAACAUUUGUACAGCUCGGGUGGUACGGAGCACUUCGGUUCGGCUCCAACCGCAUCGACAUCUAUUCGCCAGCGACUGGAGAACCGAUCUACAGCCUUCUGCGUGUUGAUACUCUUCCGUCUUUCACGCCAAGUGGGGCGCCAGCGAUGCAGGAACUUUUCAAGCCGACAACAAAAGAAGUGGUCAUGAUGCCAUCUUCGACGCAGUUUCAAAUUUCCGUUGAUCCACCGAAGAUGCCACUGAAUCUUAUUGUGGCUGACGCAGAAGGGGGAAGGAACGACAGUGGUGGAGAGAUGGCAUUCACAAAAAGACAGAAUGCACUGGAUAACCGCGAAGCAUUUGCUGAAGCACUAUUCCGAGAGGAAAUGAGAGGGGGCGCAGAGGAGUUAAUGGCGGCUGCGUCUGACAUUUUGGCAGGGCUUACCAGGUUCACGACAUGAUUAAAGGACGCCCUGAAAUAUGUUCUGUUUUGC